AUGGCACGCAACACCAACCAGCCCUCUUUCAACUUCUUCACCGGCGAGACGGGCGAAGGCGCGCCCGCGUCCGCACACGCACAAUCGUUUCGUCAGACAUUGCGGCAGUCGGUCGUCAAACCAGACAUUGGCAACGAGGACCUGCGCGCGCAGAUCAACACCCUGCAGUAUGAGCUCGAAUCGCUCAAGCAGGAGCGGGAGAUGAGCACGCUCAGCCACCAGGCAGAACUGCGGGAUGCACAGAACAAGGCCGAAGCAGAGUACCAGCGCGCACAGGCAGCCGAAUCGGCGAGCAAGGCAGCGGCGAAGAAGUACGAAGCACUGCAACGCGAGACGAGCGAGACGCAAGCGCGCGGCACAAACGAGAAGCUGGAGCUAGAACGCAAGGUGCGGACGCUGCAGGAGCGCAACACGUCGCUGCAGGAGGACGCGGACGAGGCGCAGAACGAGCUGGCGUCGCUGGAGCGGCAGAGCCAGCACCGCUACCACGAGCUGGAGACGCGCUACGGCACGCUGCAGCAGUCGUUCGACGAGCUGCGGGCCGAGCUGGACGCGCAGGUGGCGGCGCUGCAGCAGGCGCAGCAGAAGCUGGCGCGCCGCGAGGCCGAGGCCGGCGAGAUGGAGAGCGAGAUCAUCCGCCUCAAGGCCCAGUCGGGCGACCAGGACACGCUGGCCAUCAUCAAGCGCGAGCUGUCGGAGCAGGUCACGCACAUCCGCAAGCUCGAGGCCGUCAACAGGGAGCAGGCCGCCGAGCUGAAGCAGUUCCGCAAGGUGCAGAAGAGCGUCGAGGUCGUCGAGGAGGAGAAGCUGGCCCUCGAGAACAAGCUGCGCAUGAUGGAGGACCUCCGCCGCGAGCUGAGCGAGGAGCAGCUCAAGAGGCAAUUACUGGAGGACGAGAAGAGCGCGUGGACCACGUACCUCGAGGGCCAGGCGCAGGCCGAGGGCGAGCUGCAGUUCCACACUCCUGAAGACCUGGCCAAGGCCUUCGUCAGGGAAAGGCUGGAAACGGCGACCAUGGUCGACCGCCUAGGUGCCGUGCAAGCAGAACUCAUGGCGAGAGACGAGACGAUCAAGUCCCUAGAGGACGAGAAGGCCAAGGUUCGCGAAGAGCUGGAGAAGCUGAAGGGCGCCGGCAACGCAUCGGACAGCAAACUACGCAUGAGGCUCGAGCGCCAGCGGACGCUGGCCGUGAAAGAAGUGGAAUACCUGCGGGCGCAGCUCAAGGCCUUCGACGCCGAAGAGAGCGAGUUCCAGCCCGAGACGUUCGACGCGGCAAAAUCCCAACGCAUCCAGGAACUGGAAGAAAUGGUGGACAACUACCGCAACGAAAUGCAAUCGCUCCACGCCGAAAUGUCGGCCCUCGAGGAGGCCAACACCAAGGAAAUCACCAUCGUCGGCAGCAAGCGGCCGCGCGACGACGACGACGACGUGCGCCUGGGCGAGCUCCGCCGCAAGAACCGCCAGCUCCAGGACGACAUGGGCAAGCUGCAGACGGAGAAGAAGGUGCUCGAGUCGGAGCGCCGCGCCCAGGAGAAGCAGCUCAAGGCGCUCAAGGAGAGCUCGCGCACCCGCAUCCUCGAGCUCCGCUCCAACCCCACGGCCGACGCAGAGGCCCUCAAGCUCAGCACCGUGCGCACGCUGCGCGAGGAGAACAAGGCGCUGCUGGCCCAACUCGAGGGCAAGCUCGCCUCGCUGGGCGACGAUAAUGCCGUCGUCCCCCACGCCAGCCUCGAGGCCGCGCGCGCCGAGAUCGCAGAGCUCACCCGCACCAUCGGCGACCGCGACAAGAAGACGCUGCGGCUGAAGCAGCUGUGGUCGGCCAAGGCGCUCGAGUUCCGCGAGGCCGUGGCGAGCCUGUUGGGGUGGAAGCUGGACAUCAUGCCCAACGGCCGCGUCAAAGUCACGUCGCUCUUCCACCCGGGCGACGAAGAGCUCGGCGAAAACAGCAUCGUCUUCGACGGCGAGCGCGGCACCAUGAAGGUCUCCGGCGGCGAGAAGAGCGUCUUCGCCAACGAGAUCAGGGGCCAGAUCGAGUUCUGGGUCGAGCAGCGCAAGGAGAUUCCGUGCUUUUUGGCGCAGUUGACGCUGGAUUUUUGGGAGGGGUCGACGAGGGCGGCGGUGGGGGGUUAA